ACGGUGCCCAAAGUCUGUCUGAGAUCACAGGGAAAUACAGAAAAGAAAUGGUGGGGGUGAGUCUAGAGGGAGAGAAGGUGAUUCUGGUUCCGUACAUGGCAGAGCACGUGCCUAAAUACCACGAAUGGAUGCGAGACCCUGCUCUUCUCCAGGCCACCGGCUCCGAGCCCCUCACUCUCGACGAGGAGUACCAGAUGCAGCUUUCCUGGACCCAAGACCCUUUCAAGAGGACUUUUGUUGUGUUGGAUAAGCGUUUGGUUGUGGGAGAGUUUGUUCAUGGAGACCCUCAUGUGGAAGCAAUGGUGGGUGAUGUGAAUAUCUAUAUGAAUGACCCAGAUGAUCCUCAAAUGGCAGAGAUAGAAAUAAUGAUUGCUGAAUUGAAAUGCCGUGGUACGGGACUUGGGAAGGAAUCUGUUUUAAUGAUGAUGGCAUUUGCAGUUAAGAAUGUGGGGAUCCACGCCUUUCGUGCCAAAAUUGGUGAAUCUAAUACGUCAUCUCUCAAUAUGUUCCGGAAAUUGGGCUUUGAAGAGAUCUCUCACAGUGAAAUCUUCAAAGAGGUGACUUUGGAGUUGCAAUUAACCGAGGCCAAACGUGGUGAGCUGUUACGUCGAACAGAUACUGUGCUCACGCACACAUAGCCACUCCGUGCUUUACAAUAUUCCCCAAAGGUUUGAGGUCAUAGGGCUGCAGAAUUUGCUGAAAACCUUUAUCUAAAUUAAUUAUUUCCUUGGAACAUAAUGACCGCAAUAGUAUUUCAAAACCAUAAGAAUGGAUCACUCUAGCUAGUUUGGAUAUGCCUUUUUUUAUCUUGCAAUUUCCUUGUUUUUAUACCCCAUAAGAAUGGAUCACUAAUAUUCUAAUGUAUCAAACUAGUGCCUUUUUAUCUGACUAAUAUCGGAAUGAGUCCUUGACUAA